AUGAAAAAAAAUCAUCUAGAUGGCUUGUUAUCUAACCUCGAAAAAUUGCGAAAAAUACUGUCAAAUAAUAAAAAAACAAAACGAAUUUUCCAUGCCGGUUGGGUGCUUCUGUUAAUAAUAAAAAAAAUGGAAAAUACAGAAAAUACAAAUCAAGAAUGUCUUUCAGAGAUGUUUGACAAUGGUUUUAAAUUAUUUAAUAAUUUAUCAAAAACUGAAGAACCAACAAACAGUCUCAAGGUACAAAUUGACAUUAAAAAAUGCAUAAAAAUAUUUGAAGAAUCAACAAAAUUAGUAUCAAUUGCUGAUAUAUUUUCUACAAAUGAAUCAUUCGAAGAAAUUCCAACUGAACAAAUUAAAUAUUAUCUUUUACCAGCAUUUCUUGGUACACUUGCAACAAAACUUGCUGAUCGUGAUAAUCGUAUGCAUAAUGUUGAAAUAUCUGAAAUAUAUUUCUAUGAUUUUCUUGAACGUGUUAAAUCAUAUGGCAUUGUCAAUAUUGAAUUACCAAAAAGAAAUGAUAAUGAUAAUAAAGAGCCAACAAGUGAUACAAGUGUACCAAGUGGUUCACAAGAAUUAUCAAAUGAAAAUGAUAAGACAGUAAAUGAAAAAAAGAUUGAAGAAAUGGUUAACACACGUGCAAAUACACUACAAAAAUAUAAAAAAGAAAAAGAAUUGAAAGAUAAACUACAAGUAUUAGAACAAAAUAUGAAUAGUGAAAAUAUUGAUGAUGAAAUGAAACGUAAUUAUUACACAACAUUAAUUAAAUUAUAUGUAUUUCAAGCAUUUGAAGAAUUAAAUUCAUUAUCACAAGAAAAAGAAAUAUUAAAAUACAUGGCUAAAAUUAAAGUUGAUGGUGUUGAUAAUAAAGAUAAAAAAUAUGUACAACCAAAAUUAAAGCCAAUAAUUAUAACAAGAAAUGAAGUACAAAAAAAAGUAUAUGGAGCUGGUUAUCCAAGUUUACCAGUUAUGUCUGUUUCUGAAUUUUAUGAAAAAAAAGUUGCUGAUGGUGAAUGGCCAGCUGGUGGAGAACCUGGUACAACUGUUGGUGGUAAAGCAUUGACUGAAUCAACAUCUGUUGUGGGAGAAUACAAGGAAGCCCAGGAAGAUCCUGAUAAAAUUGAAAAAGAAAGAAAAAUUGAAGAAGACAGUGAAGAGUUUCUUGCACAACAAAGAGCUAUGGAUGAGUAUAAAGAUACUCAUAGAAGAGGCUGGGGUAAUCGACACAAUCGCAGCUAAAUUUAUCAUUUUUUUUUUUUCAUAAAAUUUGUAUUAAAUAUUACAAUAAAUAAUUAAACUAAC